AUGUCGCAGUAUUUCCCCAGCAUUUCAGCCAAUUCCUUGGCCAAAAAGGUCGUUCUCAUCACCGGCGGCGCCAAUGGCAUUGGUUCAAGCCUUGUCACACAAUGUUUGGAGAGUGGAGCCAAUGUAUGCAUUGGUGAUCUCGACAGCAUCUCGGGCGAUCGCUUACUGAAAAAAUGCUGCGAUCAAUUCCGUCCCGAAGAGGAAGACAUGCCCCCAAGGUCGAUUUUCCAAAUCACCGAUGUGACCAGCUAUCCCUCGGUGUUGGCAUUGUUUGAGCUGGCAUUCCAGACAUACAAGCGCAUUGAUCAUGUUGUUUGUGCGGCUGGGAUCGUAGAAAUCGGGAAUUGGUUCGACACUUCACUUACGCUGGAAACUGUCCGCCAGACCCCUUCCCACAAAGUCCUGGAUGUCAAUUUGCUCGGUUCCAUGUAUGUUUCCCGUAUUGCCUCUGUCUACUUGCGCCACAACCGCGGAUCCAACUGCGACCGGUCGAUUCUCCUCUUCUCCUGUGUCUCAGGUUUCAAGGAUAGCCCGUCUCUUUUCAUAUAUCAGGCUUCCAAACACGGCGUCAUUGGCCUCAUGCGUUCCCUACGCAACUACAUCUCGUCGCCCUACAAGCACUAUCUUCGCAUUAAUACAGUGUGUCCCUGGGUAACCCAGACCGAUAGCAUUCAGAAGGUCGAGACCCAGUGGAGAGGAGCCGAUCUUCCUAUCAAUACCCCGGAUCAGGUUGCUACAGUGGCCACCGGGGUAUUGGUCGACCAGUCUCUCAGCGGCACAUCCAUGUUCGUUGAGGCGGGUCGUGCCUGGGAAAUUGAGCAAAACAUCACCCGGCUAGAGAGCGAAUGGCUGGGCGAAGCGCCAUCCGAGGUACUUGCUUUGGGUCAGAGACUGCUUGAUGAUGGUUCUGUUUGGGCUGCACCAGAGCGACCACGAAAGAGGAGCACCAUCUCUGUUGGAGUGCCACCGAGAGUGCCCCUUGACAAAAUCAAUGGACUCAAUGGCGCGAAACAUGUCAGGAAUGGGUUAUCGAAUGGUCUCACGAACGGGAUCCCCAAUGGAUUGACCAAUGAAAUACAUUAG